AUGCCUCCACCACCGCCCGCCAACGAUGAAGCUCACCAGCAGCUGUUGAAUACACUGGACAUUUCACAUGUCCGCAAGCCCUUCCGCAACCCUCACUGGAAACCCUCCCAGCGGCGUAACAAGAAUCUCAAGCAGAUCAUCUCGGAGGCCACCCGUAAGGAGGCCUCAGUGAUGGCAACCCAAGUCAACUCCGGUGCAACUACGCCGGGUGCCUCGGGUGCUGUCACCGAUGGCACCCAAACCUCCGCUGAAGGGGCACCCAACCUGUCCCAGGCCACCCAAAACCUCUCGACCCUCGUCUUGGAGAAGAAUGCCCGGGCGACGUUCCCGAAUGGGCCCGCUGUCACCUACACGAACAUUGAAUCAGCACCAUCGUUUAACCCUGCCUACCACCAUCACUACUGCGACAUUACGGGCCUGAGCGGACCCUACACCGACCCGAAGACCCGACUGCGGUAUCACGACAAGGAGAUCUUCAAGGUAAUCCGGACUCUGGCACAGGGUGUUCCUGAGAACUACCUGGAAGCGCGCGGGGCGCAUACCAUUCUGAAGUAA